UUUAUUUUUCACAGAGUGCGAAUGCGUGGGAGCGCGAAGGUUUUGGCCAGUGAUUCCAGCAGUCGUGAAAACUCGCGAAAUACUACCGUUUAGGGAUAGCAGACAGGCAGGCACACACUCUUUCGUCGAAGUAACCAAACUUUCCUUUUCGAGUACCCCUUUUACAGGUACAGAGAAAACUAAAACGAUGUUAUUUCAGGAUAGGGUACGGUACCUAGUACAAGACGCGAGACGCUUUUCCCCUGGAGCUCUCACUUUAGGAUAGUCUAUACGAAAGUCUGUCCGACGGACAGAGCAACCUACCAAAUAGAAAAAUAUAUUAAAAAAGAUACAAAAAAAAGAAUGAGAGAAAAAAAGGAAAAAAAAAGAAACGUUUUCAUUUACGUGUAUUGAUCGGUAACCAAUCGUGUGAGAGACGCCGACACACGCAUACAUACACAGACACACCGGUGAUCGUAGAAAUCAAAGGAAAUAAAUUGUAACUGACUGUGGGUGUUUGACGUUACAUAGUUAGCAUCGUGUUACCAAAUGACUACCAGUUCAAUCAAAAUUGUACGCGUAGGCCCUGCAGUUAUUUUAGUUACGUCUUUUCUCUGGCGGAGGGCGAGUCUGUCAAUUUCGGGGAACUAGAAAAAGGACGGUAACUCUAUAUAUUUUUACUAUAAACGUCGCGGUGAGAAGAGUACGUACCGUUUUGUAUGUAGAGUAACUGCACAUUUUAAUACUAUCGAACCGUAUCGACCGAUGUGAAUGUAAAGAAAAAAAAAAGUCGAUGUAUGUACUUGCAUUGAACAUCCAUAGUUCUAGUUCAGCGAAAUGAAUUUAGUAUGCGCCGUUGUACAAAUUGAAUCAAAUUUAACGCGAAACAAGAGCUAAGCUGGCCAAUGAACAAGGAAAAAAGCGAAAGAAUGGCUGGAUCGUUCUCCAAUUUUUCGGCCAUGCUCUUUUUUUGUUUUGAUUUUUCCUUUCUCAAGGAAUACCAUUGAUAAAAGAAAAGAAAGAAUAAUUGUUUCGGAGACGAACCACUGGCCUGGUUGCCAGGUUCUUGAGAGAGCAAGAGAAAGGGAGAGAGAGGCAGUGAGAGAGAAAGAGAGAGAAAGAGAGAGAGAGAGAGAGUGAGCGAGAGAGCGCGAGCAAGAGAGGGAGAGAGAGGGUGAGAGAGUGCGUGAGAGCGAGAGAAAGAGAGAAAGAGGGUGAAAGAGAAAGAAAGAGAGAGAGAGAGGGAAGAAAAAGAAAUUUAAUCGAUUGUUGAAAUGGUUGCGGAAAGAAGAAAAAAUGUUAUUCGCGCGUGCCACACAGAGAGCGUAGGAGAAUAUAUUAUAUUAUAUAUUAUUAUAUUACAUGUAUUCAGGGAUCUUUAUUGUCUAGUUACUACUGUUACCGAGAUCUGUGCGCACGGAUCUUGCGCAUAAUAUCGCUUACCUCGGAGCGUACGAAAAUUUGAAAUCGGUCAAAUGUCGUCUCGGAGCUGCUACUCACACGCAAGGAAGUUCAUUUCUCUAAAGCAGGAGGACGAGGAGGAGGAAAAGGAGGAGGAGGAGGAGACACGCUUUUCUAAACAAAAUUAUGCGAAGUUUUUUCUUUGUCGUUUCGCUCGCGUCCGAAUCGCCGGCAAGGUUCUCGCCGAUCCGAUGGAUCAGCGUCUCGUUGUUUCCGGUGUAUUGAAAGCAAACCGAUAUUAGAUGAGAAGAGAAGAAAAGAGAAAUUAUUUAUCGAAAGAAGAGAGAAAAAAAAUCGUUGUAAAUGAAUAUUUUAUUGUGAUCGAACGUUGAGAUUUGGCCAACGAUCGAUCGAAUCGGCCAGAACCCGAGCGAUCUCUGCGCGCGGGAAUAAUAGUCGUGUAAAAUGUUUUAGAGUGCAAUAAUAUUAGGUGAUACGCGAUUGGGAUGCAUUGUUUCUCUCGACCGAUCGAUCGCGGCGUCCUUCUCGGUUUCUUUCGUUUCUGUAUCACGUGUGCGGUUCUGCGAACGUUCGAAACUUUGUUUAAUCUUCCUGCAUUUAAAUAUACGAUGCGAAACAGUUGACAGCCUGACAAUUUUAUGCACCGUGUGCCCUGUUUCUUUCGGUUCGUUUCUUGACUCGCGGGAGCCGGACGACGCGGCGAAUUUUUAUAGACAAAAGGAGCAGCUUGUCCAUUUUUAUCCUUUGCUCUUUUCCUCGACGCGUCACGUGGCAAAAGCGAAGUUGAACAUUCAUUCGUUGCGGCCCAGUGACACUCGAGGCGACGCUCGUCGCGCACGACUGUUUCGUCCGCGUUCGUCGAUUCGCGCGGCUCGUUUCUUUUCUAUUUUAUUUCGUUCGCCGCGAACAAGGACCGUUCGUUCCGAGCGCGAACAGAAAUGCAGAGGCCUACGACACUGUUGUGGAUCUCUCCCGACGAUUGGAUCGUCGCGCAAGAUAUGCAGACCCGUCGCUGGCGUGAUGUUACCUAUGUUCCACGAAUGAUACCGUAACAGUGAACGGGCCCGGACCCGGUGCGCGUUCUCUCUCGCGCGAACGGAGAGCCGGACGGAGAAAUAUUUUUACUGAUCGUCGGUUUUGUUAGGUUGUAUUUCCACGACUUUAACGAGCAUUUCCUUUGUGUACGUUUUAUCGAUUCGCCGUGGAGGUAGAAUCGUAGUCUCAGGGUCUCAGACAAACAAACAAACAAAUAAACUACCAACAAAUGAUACAAAUUUAGACACAUAUAAAUAGAUAAGGCGCGCGAGUAUAUUUGUGGAGCAAAAUAUUAUAAUAGUAAUGAUAAUAAUAACGGUCACGAUGAUCACGACGAUGAAUGAUGAGGUGGUAACAAUAAUGAUAAAGAAUAUUAAUAUUAAUAUUAAUGAUGAUCAUGAUGAUAAUAAAGAUAACACGGAAUAUAUCAGUCGGUCACUUGUUACAUUUCAAAUUGUUGCGAUUCUUUUUUAACGCUAGAACUGUCAGAAUCAGAUCUGUUUCAACGAUGUCUCAAUGAUUUCUCCAGUGUAUAACGUGAAAAUUCUGAUGGUUCGGUUCGCUAGUUCUAGCGUUAAGUGCGUUAUUAACGAUGCUCUUCGCGAGGGAGUAGCUCAGCGGAAGGUCGCGACUCGGUUGUUCGGCAAGAGGCACUUCCUGCCGACACCUGUCACGUGUCCCAGGAAUCCGCAAGCAUCUGUCGGUUCGAAAAUCUGCCGAUUCCGACGAAAUAGAAUAUAGACGGCUGGGCGAGUUCAGUCGGCGCAGUAAUCAUGUCGCGAGAAGUUCUUUCGCACGUCUGUUCCUUGGCCCUGUUCCUCUCCAUUCUUCGCAAAGCAAGCCCCUCGACCGUGUUGCCGGUCGAUUGCCUGGAGUUCGAUAUCGGCGAGCUCGAGGACUAUUUGUCGGAAGUUCAUCUGGAGAACGUGCCGACGAUCGAUAUGAUGAUUGGCGAGUUCAAAUGUCCGGCGACCGCGUUGCCCUUUGGCGCUUUGAGAUCCGACUGGGCGAGACUGUUGCUCCUGCAAAGGGCGCAACCCGAGGGCUCGAUUUUACGGGAGAAACUGGGUCGUCUUUUCAGAAUUCUAGCGGUCGCUCACUUUCGACCCGGCGAGCGCUUCGAUAUCACGAAGCUCGCCCGCCCGACCGCCAGCAGCCGAACGGUUCCGUUCGCUCGCGGAACCACUUCCCGGGAAGAAGCCGAGGGAUACGGCCGGCCGAUACACGAUUCAAGAGAAACAAAUAAAACCGCUGGAAGUUUCACUUCGUCGACUGCCCCGGGCAGCGAACACUUCCACCCGCGAGAAGUCGAAGAAACUACCCUCGCCGGCUCGAAUGCAGCGGAAGUGGAUGGCGAACGUGAGGCUACCGAUGGAAUACGCAACGACCCGCCUCUGACCGGCGUUACAUCUAUCGGCGAGAAAACUAGCAGCAACGGUCCUACGAAUUCAAUCGGCGAAAACCAGAAUUACUCGGAUAAUAAUCCGACUAACGGCACAAUUAACGAAGGUUCCAGGCGAACGAGCCAGCGUCCAACAGAAGCGGAGCGAGGGAUGAAUGGCGCUGGCGGUACGUUUCUCACGGUGAAACCGUUUUCGACCAGCCAGGGACCGGUGAAAGGGCAAAGCUCCGCGAACGACGCGCAAAAUGAAAGCGGCGCGGCUCUUGUAAAAGUCGGAAGCACCGCCGAUCAUUUCCGAGGGGUCGAGCACGCGGCGGACGCUUUUGUCGGGGCGAAAUCAAGCGGAGUCGCCGCGCAGGUAGACGCGGCCGGCUUCGAGCCAAUUACAUUUCCGGUAUCAGAAUCCAAUACAUUCGGCACGGUCCCCGGCAGCAGCACCUUUUCAUUAAAUUCUGUCGGGGAUCAUAAAUCGAGAACUAUGAAUCUCGAAGGAGAAGGAGAAGAAGAAGAAGAAGAAGAAGAAGAAGAAGAAGGGGCUGCGAAAGGGGGGGAAGGGAUAAAGGAAUCAGGUUUCGCCGGUAACAUCCAAACGACGACCACUGAAAUUGCGGAAGCUGAUCCCAGAAAUAUGACGGCCGGGGCAGGAGAUCACCCCCAGUUUUAUACUCCCAUGAAUCCCGAAGAUCAGGAGAAUACGGUCGACACGGGGGUGGAGUCGCUAACCACGGGGUAUCGCGGCGUUGCCGGCUCGAACUCCGGGGAAUUCGCGGAUACAAGUGAUCCGGGGAUGUCCGACGUAAAAAGUACGAUCGGGUCGAGUCACGAUAGAAUUCCGGGCAACGAUGUCUCGACGAGAAGUUACCCCGGACGGCAGCCGGCCCGGCAGGGCAGCGUUUUCGGAUUCUCGCCGGAGACUCCGCGGAAUUCCACGAACUCCGCUGCGGAUCCCGACGAGAUAAGGGUAGCUUCGGUUUCCAGGGAGCCGACGCUAGACAGGGAAUUCUGGAGGAGCAUUGUAAUUUCGCGGAACGUUACUGAGCCCUCUGAACUCGGUGCGCGUGGACCCAGAGUGAAGGACCACGAUCGAGGCCAAGAUAAGGGCGGCAAGCGGCUCCCAGCUCCGCCGAGGUCCGGGAAACGCGGCAGUUUGAAUACGGACGUGGAGAAGAAUUUCAGAUGGUUUUAUAAUAUCGGCCGGGAGAAGAAAGAGUACGCCAGCGACGACCGGCGGGGAAUUCGCAUCGAGUGCAACGGGGACGGCCACGACAAUGGACGACGAGUCUCGUAAACGGGGAAACGAUUCCGUUGCGUGGAUAAGACGUUUUCGACCGUCUUGGGACUUGUUUCACGCACGAUUGCGGACCGAGGCUGAACGAGCGCCCUAGAAGCCGAUGCGGUUGAGUCCGGGAAACGUGAAUUGAGGAAAUUCAUAUUUCUUAACCCUUUGAACUCUGUAGGCUCCAAUAUUGCACCAGUUAGAAUAUUAAAUAUUUCAAUGAGUCUUAAAGAAACUACCUUAAAACUAUUAGAUUUUCCACACAUCCAAAUUUUCUACUGAGAAGGAAAAUAGAAGAUAGAAGGAAUGUUACAGCAUUUCUCAUUUUCGCUAGGAAUACCGUAAAAAUUAGUUUCAGUUGCUGAUAGAUUACAAAACAACCUGGAGUGCUGAGUGGUUAAUAUAUUGGUUGUUAAAAUGUUUGAUUUAUCAGUUUCAUCGGGAAAGUAUAUAAAGUCUUUUUCCAAAGUGUAAGCUCCGCGAGAGUAGAAUAUUAUAUAUUCCAUUAAAAUUAAGAAGAUUCGCUUAUCCGCAUUGGCUGCUGAGUGGCUCGAAUGUUUAACACUGGAACUACCAGCGAAAUUCAAAGUAUUAAGCAUCCGAAAUGCUUUUAGAAAUUAACGGUUCUACUUUAUUACUAUAACGAAUACCCAAAGAAACCGAGAAAUGAGAUAUUCUUACAAUUUUCACAAGGAUCACGUGUCAAUCGUGAAAUUCUCGGUACUCCCAACAUCAAACAGAUCUUCCUCAAACGUCACCGCCGCACUCAUAUAAAGAACUAAUGGAACAUCAGCUGCUCGGUAGUUCCAGCGUUAAAUUCGAAUCACAUUUAACAUCUUGAAGAGGAUCGUCGAAGGACAGUGAUCGGCUAGGAUGAUCAGCAAACUGUGUAUACUUUCAGAUACAAACCAUCGGUCGAAUCGAUGAAACAUAUAAACUCUUUCGAAUUUCGUCUUUCCAGUUCUUCCUGUUCAACCGCACACAGAAAGGGUGAGAGAAAGAGGAAGGGGUGAGCGUGUGCAAGAGGAAUACGAGGCGAUGACUGGUCACUUGCCGAUUCUUAUCAAGGAUAUCGCGGGCCAGUCCAUAAAUUCAUGAGCCCCGGACACCGCCGACUGAUAUUUACGAGGUCCGCAGCUGGCGGCGUUCGUCCUGCUUUACGACGCGUCGUAAACGAAUCCUCUUAUUAUCUGCUCCUUUAUAUAUAUAUGUAUGUAUGUAUGUGUGUGUGUAUAUAUAUAUAAACACAGGGCUUUUUCGAAUGG